GAACGCGGCGCUCAACGUGCUUCCUCUCUCACGUGUCCCCCCCUUUCUCUUUUUUCCCCUUCAGGCAUGCUUCUGGUCACAGCAGACACCCUGGGCCACGAUUUCCACAUCUUCCAAGUCCUCACCCACCCGUGGUCCUCCUCGCAAAGCGCCAUCCAUCAUUUGUACACGUUACACCGCGGGGAGACCGAAGCCAAAGUGCAAGACAUCGCCUUCAGCCACGACUGCCGCUGGGUGGCCGUCAGCACCCUCCGGGGCACUUCCCACGUCUUCCCCAUCAAUCCCUACGGAGGGCAGCCCUGCGUUCGGACUCACAUGUCACCCCGGGUGGUCAACCGCAUGAGUCGCUUCCAGAAGAGUGCCGGGCUGGAGGAGAUCGAGCAAGAGCUGACCACCAAACAAGGAGGGCGCUGCAGUCCCGUGCCAGGGCUUUCCAGCAGCCCGUCUGGGUCCCCUCUCCAUGGUAAACUGAACAGUCAAGAUUCUUACAACAAUUUCACCAACAAUAAUCCGGGAAACCCUCGCCUGUCCCCACUCCCAAGUCUCACCGUGAUGGUGCCUCUUGCUCAGAUCAAACAACCCAUGACUCUGGGAACCAUCACGAAACGUACGGGCAAAAGCAAACCAGCUCCACAAAUUUCACCCAGCAAAUCUGUUGGAGGAGAAUUCUGCGUUGCUGCGGCCUUCGGCUCAUCCCGGUCGUGGUUUGCAAGCAAUCCUGGUCUUAAAAGAGAAAAAGAACAAUCCAAGCAAUUCGUUGUGGAGUCUUUAUACAUCAUCAGCUGCUAUGGGACUUUGGUGGAACACGUCCUGGAGCCCCGAGCUCUCUGCACCGCCCCUAAGAUCAGCGAUGACACCCCACUGGAAAUGGUGACCUGCCCACGGGCUAGCUGGACCCUCGUCAGAACGCCCCAGUGGAACGAGCUGCAGCCGCCUUUUAACUUGAAUCACCCCCUGCUUCUAGCCGCAGAUUCUGUGCAGUGUUACCAGUAUCUCCUUCUCGGCUUGGUUCCGCUGGGGAGUCCAGGAGCGAUUACGCGCCACGAUUCCUAUGACAGCUUAGCUUCCGAUCACAGUGGACAGGAAGAUGAAGAAUGGCUGUCUCAGGUGGAAAUUGUGACUCAUACUGGACCUCACCGGCGCCUCUGGAUGGGCCCACAGUUCCAGUUCAAGACUAUCCAUCCUUCUGGCCAAACCACUGUGAUUUCCUCCAGUUCUUCCGUGCUUCAGUCCCACGGCCCGAGCGACACACCGCAGCCUCUCCUGGACUUUGACACCGAUGAUCUGGAUCUGGACAGUCUCAGAAUCCAGCCUGUACGUUCUGAGCCUGUGACCAUGCCAGGAUCGUCAUGCCCAGCUACUGAUCUACGAGGAAGAUCUUCAGCAACUGAUACUACCUCAGGGACCUUUGACCGGAGCAUGACUCUUCUGGAAGUCUGCGGAAGCUGGCCGGAGAGCUUUGGGCUGCGUCACCUGUCUUCCCUGGAGCAGACGGACGAGGGUCUUCGGGAAAGACUGGCGGACGCCAUGUCCGAGUCGCCCAGCCGGGACGCAGCGGCAUCUGGAACAGAGUUCCAGCGCGAAGGAAGCAUUGAAACCUUGAGUAACAGCUCAGGGUCUACCAACGAGAGCAUCCCACGAACCUUGGAUGGUUACCGGUCCCCACUUCCCACCGAAAGCCAGCCCUUGAGCCUCUUUUCAACGGGUUUCCCAUAAACCAUGUUCCUGGGGGGAGGGGGGGAAGACAACUUCAGCUUAGAUUGACCGACCAACCAGUCAACCUUCUACAGAAGUUCUUGAUGUCCACCCAAUUCAGCGGUUCCCUAAAAAAACCCACGGAUGCUGGGUCUGCUUUUCGCCCUUCCGAGACUCUACGAAGAAAAUGCUGCCUUUGCUUUAUUGUGCAAUAGGACUGGGGAGAUUCUUUGCUAAGGUUUCUUCUCUUGAUCUUCAAAUCAGGGGUGGCUGUUUUCAAGAUGCAUUUUAAAGCUCCUGGCCAAAAUGGGCUGUUCCUCUUUCCCCAGUCUUUCCUCUGCCUCUGCGCCAAAUUGAGAUUUAAACUCUGAAAGUCAGUUCAUCGCUGUUUUUGUAAGACUUAAACUCGUUGUCUAUCUCUGGUGUGUUUAGAAAAAAAGGUCCCUUGCCUCAGAGUUGUUGGUAUCUUUGCAAAUCUCUGAAGCGUCAACCGUUGGGGGUCCUUGAUGGCCUCUGAGCUUGGUGGUUUUCUUUCAGACCUUACAUUUACCAAACUAGGCAACGAGCACUGAUGAUGUUACCUAGUUUGGUAGUGAAACGUCUGCAAGAAAACCACCAAGCUCAGAGAGCUCUCAGGACCCCUCAGUUCAACCCUGUGCUACAAAUAUUCUCAAAUUCAGAUUAGAUUCAAAUGAUUACAAGAAAUCCUCAAAUCGGCCUUGCAUUUGACAUCUCUGUGCUUUGUUCCCUGGCAAUUAAAGCCAGCUAUAUUACAUGCAAAGGAGUUUUUUAUAAUUAUUUUAAUUUUAUUUCAUUUUUUUCCCUCUUUCUUUCCCGGGAAGAAUAACCUUUGAUUUUUUUUUUCCCUUUUGUUUUAGAAAUAGACUUCAUUGAAUGAUAAUUCAAACUGUAAAUUUCUUUCAUUUGGGUAUUAUGUUGUUUAUUGGAACUCCUCCUGUCUGUGUUAAAAUGCUUGUGAUGUUGAAUAAACUGCUAUGGCAAAACAA